AUGGGCGUCCUUUCCUUCAUAAUUGUAAACAUGGGGCUGCGCUGGUCAACCACAGGCAUUCCCAGUGAACCCGCUACCUCCCUCAUACCCACCCCUCCCAACAUGGUACCCUCCAUAUUUUCAGUACCCCCAUCCCUCCUCCAGCAUUCCCCUUUAUUCCAUGCUGACAAGUGGGGUGUGGUCGUAUCCACCACAGUCUCCACAGAUGCCAGCACCACCUCUGCCCACAAACCAGCGGCUAAGAGCACUUCUGCGACAUCCCAACCGCAGGUUCCAGUCCUAUCAGCCAAUCCACCCAGUCUUCAGGAUUCAGGAUGCUCUCAGGUGCAGUCACUAGGUCUUGAGAAGCCAAUGGGACCUCCAGUUUCACUCAUGUUCGAAGCUUCGGCCUCGGCCUCACACGGGGUGAACAGAAAUAUUAUAGAGCCUCAGCAACCUCCCUCUAACACAUUGCACACACCUCUGAAUCUCCCCCCUUCCUCAGUUUUGUCCCAGCCAGAGCUGACAAUCGACGGAGCCAUAGAUCCUCAGCUUCUUUCGACUACCUCGCAUGGACCCGCCAUUCAGGACCUGCCUGCUUGCCCAGCCAACUCUCAGGUGGGGUCACCCAGCCCACCACCUCCAGACGAGCACUGCCAUGGGUGCCGUCUUGUUCACUCUCGCUCUAGAUCUACCGACCGUACUCGAUCCUCCUCACGCGCUGCAGUUGAAUCACGUGCAAGCUCCUCUUCUCGAGAAAGAAUGCAAACACAAGGCAAGAAAAGGAUCCGAGUCUCACAGCAAAACCCAAAAUUCGGAUAUGUGGAGGGGGCAAUGAUGGGGACAGUGAUGAUGAAAAUUCCUCGUAAUCAAGAUGUUUGCCCUCCCCAAAACGACCUUGCCAAGGCGAAGAAACAUUUCACUCGGGUCAUGGGGAUGAUCCUAUCUCGGGCCAAGCGAUUGGCUGAAGAGACCGAUUGCUGGCUCAUCACGAUUGGUCAACAACCUGGCAAGGGUCCCGCGGUUCACUACACCUCCUCUCGCCUUCACCAUGAAGCACACACUGAGGCAACCGCAAUCGUCAACCAAUUUCAGCAACUCACUUACACUCUUAAUCUCGCCAGAACCCGUGAUGCUGUGCACCUCCAGACAAUGUACAAGGCCAAGCUUCAAGAGGAACACGAGAGUCGUGACAUGGCCCAGAAGAAAGCCGACACUGCCCAGGAAGAACUGCGUCACAUCCAUGAAGAGCGAGGGGCCAAUCUUUCCAUGAUCGAGAAACUGAAGGCUGAACUUGAAUCGCUCUGCAGAACACAGCCGCCACAGGGUACAUAG